CGGAAGGGGCGGGCGGGGCGCGUGCGCGGCGGCGGCGGCGGGGCGGCACGUGAAGGUCGCGGCGCGGCGGCACCGGUAACACCGGCGGUACCGGCGGCACCCGGCGGUACCCGUAACGGGAUGGAUGCGCCGUCCGCCGCCGGGCUGGGCGGCGCCGACCCUCAGCUCCAGCGGUUCAUCGAGGUGGAGACGCAGAAGCAGCGUUUCCAGCAACUGGUGCACCAAAUGACCGAGCUCUGCUGGGAGAAGUGCAUGGACAAGCCGGGUCCGAAGCUGGACAGCCGGGCCGAGACGUGCUUCGUGAACUGCGUGGAGCGCUUCAUCGACACCAGCCAAUUCAUCCUCAACCGGCUGGAGCAGACGCAGAAGUCCAAGUCGGCCUUUUCAGAGAGCCUGUCCGAUUGAGGGGCACCCGCGCCCCAGGGGACACCGGCCAGACCCCCUUCCCCCUCCCCACCAGGCCGGCCCCUCCGCCGUACCGGCUCCUGGUCACUCUGCCGCCUGAAUGAGCCGGGAUCAGCUCUGGGGUUUUGGAUUUGAUUAAGUGCCAGUCUCGGGGAAGCUGCAGCAAGAUGAGAGCCCACAACAGAGACAUGGUCGCCCCUCCUCAGGGUGACGUGCUGCUCCCGGCCCCGCGGGCCAGCAGCGGUCUUUGUGCUGGGACUCCAGGGGCUUCCGAUGCUACACAGGGAGUGUUUGGAACGCACCCGCUCCGCUGAACAGAGCGGCGGUGACACUCGCAUCAGGGGGUGCUCCCAGCGCUGAUGUGAAUCUCAGCUCUUGGUGAGGCUGCCUUCAACGGUGCUGCACAAAACGAACCCUCCCGGGUAUGCUAACGAGCAUGAGAUGCUAACGAGCCCUGCAGGCACCAUCGCUGCGCAGGCCGGUACAGGUACCCUUAGAGAGAAGAGCUUGUUGGGCACAGUGAUCAUCCCAGGCAGACACUACUGGAAAAUACUUUCAGGCUUCCAUAGGUAAAUCAUUCAUGUGGCAAAUUUUCAAAUUGCAGCACAACUCUGUCAAUACUGACUUGCUCCAUUAACUGCUUUCCCCUGAUCGAUGUAAUAAAUAUUAACUGGGUCAAUUUUUAAUAUAAGAUUCUUCUUUGUUCAGGUAGAUGACCACUGAGAAUUGAAAAUCUGGCCUUGUCUCUCCCCCUCCUUCCCAGUGAUCCUGUUUAUUGCAAAAUUAGCAGGGAGGGGGCAUAACUGCCUUCUAGCUAGAAGGUCUAAUCUGAAUUCUGAUUUGUUUCUCAAUUAAUUUGGUCCCAUGAAUCAAACUCAUUUCUGGGAGAGGCUAUGGCCUGUCUUCCUCUUCCCCAAAGGGUUAACAGCUCCUGCUGUCCUGUAAAGGAGCAGUUUCUUUAGAGGGAGACUAAAUGCAGGAAAUAAUAAGUAACCAGACAUUUUAUAACCUCACACACCUUUACCUGUGGAGAUCACUGGAGGGAGGCCCAUGGCUGUGUCUUCUGGGCCUCUGCCCCCAGGACACAGAGAGGAAAAACAGGUCAGUUUUUCUAUCUGGAAAAACAACACACUACUGAUUUGCCCCCUGGAAAGGUAGCAUUGCAUUUCAGCAGUGUUUACGUCCAGCGUGGCUCUGGGAAGCCUGGAGUGACCCACUGCCAGUGGCUUCGAGCUCUACGCAGGCACCUGGUAAAGCAGUUCUGCUCACAUCCAUUUGCCAUGGGUGGCUGGACAGGGCGUGUGAGUGCCUAACAGGGGCGGCUUGUGGCCAGCAGCCUUCCUGGGAACAAAUUCAGGAUGUGUUUAACAGCUACGCAGAUAUAAACCCACCUAAGUGAGGACACAGCUGUCUAGUUGUCGUUCAGAAAUUUACCUCAGUAGCUAAGGAUUCUUAGGUCACUCCUGUUCCCACAGUAAACGAUUCCCUCUCCUGUCCCCAUAUUGAGUUUCUCCCAAGCAUCCGCUUCUUCCUACCCCUGUAAUCCUUCAUGCCUUUCAGUGCUGGCCCAGCUCUCGGUACGAAUGUAUCACUAGCCACUUGGUAACUGAACAAAUUUUUUUUUAAUAGAAUACAGUAAGCAGGUGCUUCAUCAACCUGCACUGCAGAAGUUGCGCGAAGAGGUUGGUCCCUCCAUAAGAGCCACAGCAGCGUGUGGCAGCACCACUGAAGUUUUCCAGUUUUGGCUGUAUUCUGUUUUUGGAUGUGAAUCUGUAAAUAAAUUCUAGCAGAGUGAGCAAAAUGA